AGUGCUUAGGGGCUGUCUAUUUUGCGAUUGGAGUCCAGCCCUGUAGCCGGAACUGUUUCGUUAACGUUUACAUUUCUGAAGAAUUGAGUGCGAACACCGGAAAUGAGCGCUCCGAUCAAGCAUUUCUUGCAUAACACAAAAACAUGCCGAAAUUUUAUUGUGAUUACUGUGACACAUAUCUUACACAUGAUUCGCCUUCAGUGAGAAAGACUCACUGUAGUGGACGAAAACAUAAAGAGAAUGUGAAAGACUACUACCAGAAAUGGAUGGAGGAGCAAGCGCAGAGUCUCAUAGAUAAAACAACGGCUGCCUUCCAGUCAGGGAAGAUACCCCCUACUCCGUUCCCUGGUGCCCCUCCCCCAGGCGGAGCCAUGCUCCCUCCUCCCAACAUUAAUGGCCCUCCACGCCCAGGAAUGCUACCAGCACCCGGUCCCCCUAUGGGAGGGCAUGGUCCACCUAUGAUGCAAAUGAUGGGCCCCCCACCACAUGGAAUGAUGCCUGGAGGUCCAGGUAUGCGUCCACCAAUGGUCCACAUGCAGAUGAUGCCUGGUCCACAUAUGAUGCGCCCCCAUCGGCCAAUGAUGCUAAUCAGACCGGGUAUGAUCCGGCCAGACAGAUGAGACCCAAAAUCUGGCCAUCCUGUGUUCUGCACUGCCAUAUGUUCUCUGGUGGGAUUCCACUUCCACAUUGUUUGGAUUUUAGAAAUGGAUUCUUAGGCUACAUUUACAUAGGAAGUCCAAUUUUAAUCUUGCUUCCACUAUUUGGUUUUUUGACCAGUUACAUUUGAUCAUUUUCAAUGCAGUGAAAAUGGUCAGAAAUGGGCAGCUUGUGUUGAAGUUGUACUAUUGUUUCCACCCUAAAAGCCUUUUGGUAGAAUUCCACAGCAUCCAUCUUUAUUCCCAGCAUAACUAUUUUGACAGGCUAUUUAUUUAUUUAAAUUUUGUGUUUUUUAGGUAACAUUUUGUGAAUCAGUUAUUGUUUAUCCCCCUUGGAUUACAGUUCCAACAGGAAUACUACUGUGGAGAUUUGAUGUGGCAAGAGUCACACACGGUGCAUGGCCGAAAGGGCAGAUAAGUGAUGGGCCUGACCUCUUAUCCUGUGAUUUGUUUUUCCAAAUGUUCUUUGUUUUAUUUACCUACUUUGCUUUAAAUAAUUUAGUAAAAAUGUUUGUCUGUCUUCAGUGUUCUUAAUAAAUGGAGGAUUCUGACAUUAAACUUCAUAAAAGGA